UGCUUUGCCAAUUUGCUUUUUGCUACAGAGCGUCACGGUGGGAUUCUCACCAAUCGACCUCUCAGACCUCAACCCCACAAUUUUGCAUUUGGAGAUACAUCACUUUUUGACUCCCGUACUUUGCAUUAAAAUCGUGAGCCUCGUUCUCGCGAGAGCACUGUUGAAAUCCAGCUCGUGUAGUUGUUGUUGGAGUUGGGAGGAGAUUGAACCUCAAGACCCAAGCUGUGUGCAAAUCGUCGGGAUUUUGGCAAGCUCAAGUUGUGUAUAGCUGGGCUGCAGUUGGAUUUUGUGCCUUUGAGAGGGUUGCGUGAAGGGACGCGGAGGGCGACAUGGGUAUUGAGGUGCAUAGACCACCCAUGGAAGCGUGGUACAUGGACGAUUCAGCGGAUGAUCAGCGAAAGCCUCAUCAUCGCAGCCCACCUGAAUAUGUUUCUCUGGAAAAGCUUGCAGAGCUGGGUGUUUUGCAUUGGGUGCUUGAUGCCGAUAGUUUCGAAACCGAUCCUGAACUGCAACGGAUUCGAAAAGAGAGAGGGUAUAACUAUGAGGAUUUCAUAGAAGUGUCUCCUGAAAGAUUAGCCAAUUAUGAGACGAAAAUCAAAAACUUUUAUGAAGAGCACAUGCAUACGGACGAAGAGAUUCGUUACUGUCUGGAUGGAAGUGGUUACUUUGAUAUUCGCGACCCAGAAGACCGUUGGAUUCGAAUAUGGGUGAAGAAGGGAGACAUGAUUGUGUUGCCUGCAGGGAGUUACCACCGCUUUACUCUUGAUGAAAACAAUUAUCUCAAGGCAAUGAGGCUGUUUGUAGGUGAACCUGUCUGGACCCCAUAUAACCGACCCCAAGAUGAACACCCUGUGAGGAAGGAUUAUAUCAACAACUUUUUGAAGACCCAUUUAGACAAGAUAGACGUGUCAUUGUCGACCCAACAUGCAGCGACUGCGUAACUUUAGACUAUUUAAGUGUUCUUUUAGCAGAGUAUUGGCGCUUGCAUUUUUUUGUGGACUUCUAGCUUGGUGUUGGCAUUUUACAGAGGCGUUUCUCAACGUGCAUGCUAUGAUGAGCUUUCAUGUCCUUGUUCUUGCUACUCUUACGGUACCCAACACAUUCAAAUUUGGAUGCAUACAUGUACCAGUCUUUGAACUUAUACAAUGAAGCUUAGUAGGAAGAGCGGUAACAUGUCCACCUCCUGUGGCAUGUAGCACAGACCUUUUGACUUCAGAAUGGUCAAGGGUGGCUUGCUACUGCAGCAUUGCUUAGUUGGAGUUUAUGAACUUUUCAGUGAUGAUUUGGAGCUUACUUUUUUAGGACUACACUCGUGAAUUCUGAAGAUUAUUAUCAAGCUAGUUUUUAAAAAUCCCAGUUGCUAUGGUUUUCCUUCCCUCGAGGAUUAUGUCUCUUUGUUAGUAAGAAGCGUAGUAUUAUACAAAACUUAGCUUUUGUAUGUUGAA